AAAGCAAUGCUACAAAUCAGAAAGAAGAGCUGUAAAAAUGGCCCUGGAUUGAGACACGUGGCCCACUGUGCUCGGCCUUUCAGUGCCAUGGCAGCUCACCUGCACCAGCCUGGGUAAUGCUUUGGUUUGCAUUUCUCAGAGCCUGUGUCAGGUUUCAGAUCUUGAAAAGAAAAACAACCUCCCUACAUUUUACUGAACCUGUGGGAAUAGAGGAAAAAGUUUCUAUGAACUAUAAGUGAAACAUUAAUUACUCUGACCACUGUAAACUUCAAAAGUACAUCUGGAUGCUUUGUAGGGGAAGCAGCUUGUCAACAGCCUAAUCACUGUGGUGCCUGCUUUAAGAACAGUGCUGCACCCUGAGGGGCUUUUACAUGGGGAAGAGCUCCGGCAGGUGUCUGCUGUGUGCUGCUACAGGAGCUGUAGGCCUGGGCAGAGCAGACAUGGCUCGUGGACAGCAGAAGAUCCAGUCGCAGCAGAAGAACGCCAAAAAGCAAGCUGAGCAAAAAAAGAAACAAGGGCAUGAUCAGAAGGCUGCAGCCAAGGCUGCUUUGAUAUACACCUGCACUGUCUGUAGGACGCAAAUGCCGGACCCCAAGACCUUCAAACAGCACUUUGAAAGCAAGCAUCCUAAGACUCCACUUCCUCCAGAACUGGCUGAUGUUCAGGCCUAAGGUUGUCUACAAAGUCAUUACCUUUAAUUUUCAUAUGAUUGUCUGAGAAAGGUGAAGUCGUGGCACCUAUUGACUCUUCUCCUGUCAGACCUUACAUAACAAACCUGCAGCUGCUUUUCUAAAACUGUUGAUCAGCAAAAAUGAAGGGGCUACGGAAACAUUCAUAUUUUAUGCUGUUCCCUCCUCGGGUUUCAUGCAAAGACAAUUCUGUGUAAAUGUACAGUUGUGCCUGUUUGGAAAUCCUGACAGAUCAGCCCAUACUUGUUAUAAAAAAUUUUUUACAAUUGUAAUUAUAUUGAUGUUGAUAUUGUGUAAAAUAACUCAUUUAAUAAAGUAGUACUUUGAUUGUACACUAGCACAGAUGGGAUCCUUGUAGAAGUUCUGCUUCAACUUUCUGCAUUACCUGCCUUACGAAACAAUAAAGCAAAGUGGAAUUCUCCCCAGGCCUGCCAGCAGGUGAGCAGUGUCAUUCCACUGACAUUAAUGUACAUUGCAGUGAGUGACUCUUUGGUGAGGGGAGCUGCUUGGAUUCUCUGUGCAGGGUGCCACCUGCUUCAGCCACUCAGCGGUGGCCGAGUGGUUUGGCUGAAAGCACAACAAACCCCCUAGAAGCUGCAUGAGGCUCACGAGGCUUCAUGCUAGGUGUUUGUCCUGUGCUUUGGAGUCUAGUGCUGCUGUAAGCCCUUUGGGCUGGGAUUCCAUUGCUGUGGGGAUCCUGUUCCUUCAGGUCCAGCCCUGAAGAGAGUCUGUUUGUCCUUCCUGUUUGGUAGGUGGCAAGGAAGCUGAGAGGUGGCAGGACUUGAGUGCUGCUGGCUAUACUGGCUUGAAAAAUGAUAAAUAAUAGGCUAAAGCAACUCUGCUGAAAAUGACAAAUGAUAGGCUAAAGCAACUCUGCUGAAAAUUUGGUUUGGAAAGAUUGUUUUUUAAUUCUGCUUUGAGGACUCAGCCAUACAUUCCCCUUGAAACGUGUCUGGUCAUUUCAGUGGCAACUCCAAGAAAUAUGCAAAGUAGCCAGCCAUUAAUAACCUUUCUUCACAACCAGCUUCAAAUAAGCCUCUUGGAAGAGAGCCAAAGUCACUAAAAUAACAUUGCUGCUUUAGGAAAUAGGAUGUCAUUAAAGUUGCAUUGACAAGAAGAAGCUGGAUAAUAGCUCUGUCCAAGUCUGAGCAGCUAAACUUAAUUCCCCUUCAAGUGUUCUGGGCUCAGUUUUAAUUCCAGAUGUACAGUACAAGAAACAUCCAAGUUGUGCUAGAAGGUCUGCCACAGAAAUCCCCUCUUCCGCCUUUGAAGGAGGUCUGCUGAAGAGCUCGAAGAGCUUGUGGUAGGAAGCACUGGAACUGCUGAGGUUAGAGCAGAUCCAGAGCUUGUGGCAGCCCAAGUGACACUACAACUGACCUUCAAAUAGCUCCUAAACUCUAGGACCAUAGUCUCAAAGACUGAUUCAUUUAAAAAAUGCACUUGGUAUUUAUUAUAUAAGGUCAAAGCCUUUGUCUUUGUCCACUCAGUUGCUCCUUACUGAACUACUUGUCUGAGACUGGCUUCCUGUCCUCUUUGCUGUGACAGUACCUCUGUAAAUACUGCUCUGGUAUAAGGUCCCUCUGUGCUGCAGUCACUCCAGGAUGACCUGUACACCACUCACCCUUCUCCAUCCUGUUCUCCUCUGAGAGUAGCCCAGGCUGCACUUGUACACCUGACAUGGGAAUGUAGCACUGCAUCAAGUUUCCUUUCGUGUUGCCCAUGCAUCGAUCCUGACAAACUGGCUCCCUCUUCACAAGAAGCCUGCUCUGACCUUUGUGCUGUAUGGGGAGAGGUACUGAAAUGUUCUGAUGCUGUAGCUGGGUGCAAAUGGAUAAAAGUGUUUGUUGCACUGACUGAUACCUGGUAAUUGGUUUUCUUUUGGGUGGUCUCCCUUUAGCCUGGUCCUGAGAUGCAGUGCCUGUCCUCUUUCCAUUCAGUGUGUGUAGCCUUCAAUAAAAAGGGUUUGUUUCAUAAA